UUUCAUGUCGGGAGGACGCCCCAAGGCACUGGAACAUCCUUGACAAGCUAUAAAUCCCUACAACGUGAGGGACCCUGCUGGGAUGUCCGGUAAACUGGUUACUGAGCACUGUUGGCUGAAGGAUCUGGUCAUGUGAUUAUGCAGACAUCCCAGCAUGAAGCUGAUGGACCUGUUCCUAGCUCGAUCCCUCUCUAUGUAUUUGCUCUUACAGAGUUUUGUGCUCUUGAUACUGUGCUUUCACUCUGCCAGCAUGUGUCCCAAAGGCUGUCUCUGCUCUCAUGUCGACGGCUUGAAUGUAAGCUGCAGCAACGCAAAUCUUAAAGAAAUCCCUAAAGAUCUUCCCCCCGAAACUGCCUUACUUUACCUGGAUUCCAAUCAAAUAAAGUCUGUUCCCAAUGAGAUAUUCAAGGACUUGCACCAGCUCAAAGUGCUCAAUUUGUCAAAGAACUUUAUUGAGUCUAUCGAGGAGCACGCGUUCAAAGGUGUGGCAGAGAGCCUGCAGACACUCGACCUUUCCAACAACAAGAUUAAAAGUGUGCACAGGGACACGUUCAGCAAACUCAAAGCCAGGGCACAGUUUUCGGACAAUCCAUGGCACUGUGACUGCACGCUGCAGCAGGUGCUGCACAGCCUGCCCUCCAACCAUGAGACAGCGAACAAUAUCAUCUGCGAGACAGCAGUCCUCGAGGAGCACAUGGGGAAAUCCUUCCUCAGCACUGCAAACGAGGCAGAUCUUUGUAAUCUUCCUAAAAAGACAACUGACGUGGCCAUGCUCGUCACUAUGUUUGGCUGGUUCACCAUGGUGAUUUCCUACGUGGUGUAUUACGUACGGCAAAACCAAGAGGACGCGAGGAGACAUCUGGAAUAUUUAAAGUCGCUUCCCAGUAAACAAAAGAAGCCGGAAGAACUUGAUGACAUUAGUACUGUACUGUAGCACCACAGACAAAAGGACCCUUUGAAAUGGAGUUUCUUCCUUGGAAACUGAAACCACUUCUACCCUACAACAAAGAGGCUGAAAACAACUUGUGAACACAAAAUGAAAUGUGUUUGCAUCGCAUCAGAAGGAAACAAUAGAGUGAUUAUGUCGCUAUGAGUGUGAUGAGGGCAGAUUUUUAUAAUUAAUUAACAGAA